UUAGUGGGGUCCAUGUCCCCAAAUCCUUGGGUCCAUUUUCUCAGAUACUCAAACAAGAUCUCUCUCUCCCUCUUUGCUGUUCUUUCUUCUCUUUUGACUUAGACUUUCUCUCACACGCAACAACACUAACACACCUUCUCUAACCUACGCAUUCCCACCACCAACAUGUGCGUACUACGCCACCUUCACCGCCGCAAACACCACCAUAACCACCAUUACUGCUUAUUAUUAUUACCCACUUUCCUUUUUCUCUUGCUCUCUUCUUCUUCAGCCAUAACAACUCUCGCACCACAACCCAGUUCCGGAACAGUCAAGUACCAGGAAAGUGAAACUCUGUCUCCGGCUUCACCGUGGGAGAGAGAUAUGACUCAACAGAAGAAGCUCAACGGUCCAGGUUCAGCUCCUCCCUCGUGUAGAUCCAAGUGCGGUUGGUGCAACCCGUGUCACCCGGUUCACGUUCCGGUUCAACCCGGUUUAAUCAUACGGCUCGAGUAUUAUCCAGAAGCUUGGCGUUGCAAGUGUGGGAACAAGCUUUUUUUGCCGUGAAAGAUAACAACAUAUAAAUAUAUAUUUAUAUUUAUAUAUAAAUAAAUAAUGUUAUCUAUCCUAGUACAAAAAGAAAAACACAAACGUUGCCAGAACCGAACAGGGAAAAUGUUGCAGAGCAGCCAUCUUAAAUUUUUUCCCUUUUGGGUUUUUGUUUUACUAUAUCUCAGUGUUAUUGAAGUUUUUUAUAGUAGUAUGAUGCAUUGAUUAAUGAUGUUACUGAGGUUGAGUUUUUGGUUGUGCUUGCUUCUUGUGAGUACUACAACAACUAAUAUUGAAUUUUUGGUUAACCUUUUCAUUGGGAAUGUAAGAUGUUUUGUGUUGGGUGUGAUUAUCGAGAACACACAUACACAACACACAACACAACCUAUCUAGUAUUUUGUUUCCUUUUUUGUUUUCUGUUUAUGUUUGCUUUUAUGACAAAAUAUAUGUUAAUUAACGUUGUAACUUGUAGUAAUUUGUAAUUAUAUGAAUUAGAAAACAGAGAACCAUCAUGUUCUUGUCCUUGUCUUUGUCCUUGUUCUUGUUCUUCUCUGUGUUUUCAUCAUGUGUUUGAAAUAAAGUUUCAUUUAUAGCUUUCUCACAUGGAAGAAGCAUCUAUUAAUGGCAAGAUCUAAUUUAUUUAUUGAUGUGUUGGUUGUACUUGUAUUGAAUUGUAUGGUUUGAACUAUGAAGUUUAUGGAUUGUUAUUAGGCUUUCA